GGCGGGCGAGCAGGUUUGGUUGCCCUGGAAGUAUUUGGCUCUUUUAUCUCCCGUGCCCAUUCCCACUUCUGAGGGGAUUCAGUCCGAUUUACCCCAGUUUUGUUUUAAAAGAGGCACCAUCGGACCCGCGGCCCCCGGACGCGGAUUUUUACCCCCCUCCCGCUUCGCUUAGAUCGUUUCUACAGGCAGAUUAUCGCAGACAAACCGCGGAGUUGGUCGUUUUUCGGGUCCGUUUGCGUGCGCCGAAGCCUGAGGCCUACGUGUUUUCGGGGGAUUUUUUUUCUGACGGGGGGGGAGGGUAAAAACACACGCAGGAAAACGGGGGGGGGGGCUCGUCAGGCACUGGUGUCGUUCUCCGAAAGCCCCGCCGCCGCCGCUGAAGAGAGAUGUCGAGGCCUGUCAGGAAUAGGAAGGUCAUUGACUACUCACAGUUUGAAGACUCUGAUGAUGAAGCCUAUGGAAGAGAUUCACCCCCUCCGGCUAAGAGAGCACGAGCGUCUCCCAGGGAAGGAAAAAACAAACGAAAGUCUGCAAAAAAUGCACGAGAUGAAAGUGAGGAAUCAGACGACAAGCUUUAUGAGAAGGACCUGAAGGCUGCCAUUGCAUUGUCCAAGAAGGAGACAUCCCAUUCACCUGAUGAGGACAUGGGGAGUGAGGAAGAUUUGGACCACGGUGACAGUGAUUAUGAAGCAUCAAAGAAAAAAGGCAAAAAAGGAAAAAAGGUUAAAGGAGAUAAGAAAGAGAAGAGGACACUCAAAAAGCCCAGGAAAUCGGCUGAAGCAGGGGAUGAUGAGAGUGAAGAUGAAAAAGGCCACAAAGAUGGUCGUCAGAAAAGGCAAGCUGCGUCCAAAGCUGCAAGCAAACAGAGAGAAAUCCUGUUGGAUGAUGGAGGAAGUGAAGAGGAGCAUGAAGAAGAUGAAGAGGCCAUUCAGGAAAAAGGGGACUCUGGAAGUGAUGCAGACUUCUUUGUGGAGGAGGAUGAUGACAGUGACUAUGAGAGCUCUUUGAAGAAAAGCAAAAAGGGAAGGAAAACUAAAACAGUACCUGAGAAAAAGGAAAAGAAAACACCUAAACCCAGGCUUAGCGCUACAGUCACCCCUGCAACUCCCAGUCCGGUAAAAGGCAAAGGAAAGGGGCGGGUUGCUACCACAAAGGCAUCACCACCUUCUAAGGGGCAACCACCUGAAAGUCCUGCUAAAGAAUCAAAGAAAGAAAAGAGUCCUCCACCAGAAACAAAUGAGGAAGAAGAGCCAGAAGAUGAGGAAGAGGAGGAGGAGGAGGAAGAGGAGGAGGAGGAAGAGGAGGAAGUUAAUUCUGGGGAUGACUGAACAAUACAAGGGGAUAUUUUUUAUAUAAGUAGAGUUAGAAUAAACUUCACUGACAGCUUGGUUCACAAGGUUUAGACACAGGACUUGUGUGGGUGUGUGCGUGUGUGUUUUUUUUAAUGCUGUGUCCCAUUUUGUAUCCUGCGGUUAUUAACAAGAACAAAUCAUUCUAAAUUUGGCUUGCUACUUUAUAGGAGUUGCUUUGAUCUUUUCAAAAUUAGAAUCAGCAUAGUUAGCAGAAAUUCCUAAUAUUUUUGGCAAAUACUUUUAUUUUGUCGUAAUAAUUUCAAGUCAAGUAAUGAAAAGUCUUGCCAAGCUACAAAAGUAUUUUAGCACAGCAGGUGCCCCUACAUUAUGUUCAGGCAAACCUCUCGGCUUGUUUCAUCCAGGAAGUUAACCCGCCUUCCCAAUUACUGCAACUAAUUGUUGUGUACAAAAAAGGACAGAGUGGGUGUAAACUUGUGAUGUCUAAGUAUAAUUUGUAGAACAUAAAAUUCAUUCAUCUUAGCAACAAAAAAGGUAUAAUUUUCUUCAGUCUCUGUUGUAUUGCCUAUUGAAUGAAUCAUUCCUGUGGAUUCCUUUAUUUGAAAGGUUUAAUAGCAAAAGACAAGAUCAAAGGCUCCUGUAAAUAUAUAACAUUAGCUUAAAUAUCUCAACCUUGUAAAAUUUAAAUGCUGUAAAUACACAUAGCGAAAUGAGUGACAAGUUUUAGAUGUAGCUUCAUUAAAAGCAGGUGUAGAUUUUGCUUAUGACCAUAAUGAAAUGUGAUCUUAACAGAGCAAAUAAAAAUAUUUCUGGCAUCUUAAAGAUAAGCAUCUGUCAUAAACAACAAUGCUGACUGAUUGCCCUCUGUCUCUCAGUAUAUUUGAAGAAUUUUCUAAAGUUCGUCUCAAAAACAUUUUAGUCUUUUGUACCCAGUUCUGAUGAUUUGCAUAAAACGCAAACCUAUCCAUGUAACUUGAAAAUGUGAACCCCUGUUUCAUUCUUCCAGCAGUAUCAACUGGUGACUAAUAAAUAAUCCCUAAUAAAUAAAUAAAUAAAUAAAUAAAUAAAUAGUAGUCAACUACUAAAAUCCCAUCUGAGUUUUGUAAAUUUAAAAGAAAAACGGUUGUGUGUUCUAUUUCAAAAUACCCUUUUAAAGAAGUUUAGGUUCGGUCUAGACUUUUGUUUUUAAAAUUUACUGGGAUCUAAAAGGGCACAGUGUUCUGCAGUUCAAAUCUAACCAGUUCACAAAAAAGGAAAUACUCCAUUACAGCUGAUGAUUGUAUUUUAAAAUAUUAUGGCCAAGCUGUUCCAAGUAAAUGAGUGAUAAAGUGUGAUGUGAUAAUCCUGUAAACGUAUCACACAGUUUCAGUGCUAGGUUUAUCUUAAGAUGUUUAAUCUUGAAAAAGGAAACCAGGGGAAAAAAAACAGCUAUGCACCACCAAAAAUCACUGAGUCAUCAGGUCUGAUCUUGUGAACUGAAUUGUUUUUUUUUUGCAGAUUGAAACGUUUAAAAAUGAAUGUGAUCGAAUCCUGAAAAACUGCGCGUUUGUUGUCUUUAUCAGCAUUUUGUCAAAGCAGCCAUAUCUUUGUAAGUUACAGAAAAAAAGAACUUGUACAGCCAAUUCUUAAUGUUGACAUCCAAUUCAAGUGGGCUUUCAAUUUCUUUUGUUUUUAUUUUCGCUACAGAACAUUAAAUGUCUGCUGAUGUAAAA